AUGCGAAAAGAAAGGCAAGAACGAGAGAGGCGAGAAGAAUUAGAGAGGAAAGAACGAGAGUGGCGAGAAGAAUUAGAGAGGCAAGAACAAGAGAGGAUGCGAAAAGAAAAGCAAGAACGAGAGUGGCGAGAAGAACUAGAGAGGAAAGAAUUAGAAACAAAAACAAUUGGAGAUGCGAACAGAAAGGUAAGAACGAGAGAGGCGAGAAGAAUUAGAAUGGCAAGAACAAUUGAAGAGGCAAAAAGAAUUAAAGAGAUAAGACAACUGAAGUGGUACAUAACAGAUAACGAUAUUGUGGAAUAA